AAGUUGAAUGGUUGCAAACUGAAGCUCCUGUCACGGAAAGAUUGCGCAAGCGAGCUGUCUGACGUCAGGAGGUUAUGAUGGAGGAAUACGCGCGUGAACCCUGUCCAUGGAGGAUAGUUGACGACUGUGGCGGUGCAUUUACCAUGGGGGCCAUUGGAGGAGGGGUGUUCCAGUCUGUUAAAGGCUUUCGAAACGCACCUGUGGUAAGCUUCACUGUCACCAGCAAAACAAAUGAGCUCAUAUAUUACUAUCACACUAAUACCCAUUUCUAUUCAGUUACUACUAAUAAACACACUCUGUUACUACAGGGUGUACGACACAGACUAAGAGGGAGCGUUAAUGCUGUGAGAGUAAGAGCACCACAAAUUGGAGGUAGUUUUGCUGUAUGGGGUGGCCUCUUUUCCACCAUAGACUGUGGUCUUGUGCGUUUGCGGGGUAAGGAAGACCCUUGGAACUCCAUCACUAGUGGAGCCAUGACUGGAGCUAUACUGGCUGCACGCAGUGGUCCGCUGGCCAUGGUGGGCUCUGCGAUGAUGGGGGGAAUUCUGCUUGCUCUGAUCGAGGGAUUCGGGAUACUUCUCACUAGAUACACAGCUCAGCAGUUUCAGAAUCCGAGUCCUUUUGUGGAGGACCCGAGUCAGCUUCCCCCGAAAGAAGGCCAAGAGACACGCAGUUAUGGACAGUAUCAGUAAAAUCACUGUUGCAGUGGUGACUGUAAUAUUAUAGACUGU